GAGAGAGAAGCUGUCCAGUGAAAAGUCACCACAGUAACAUAGUGCUCUUCCUCACUUUGACACCAUAAGCCCUCAGACGCCACAAUGGAUUCCUGCUUUCGCGCACUUUGCAUGACUUUUCUCCUCGCAUCGUUCACUCGAAGGUCAGGUGCAAUCGGACCGGUUAUAAAAUGCGAGCCAUGUGACGCCGGAGCGAGGCUUUUGUGCAAACCUUUACCCAAGGACUGUGCAGAGAAGGUCCGCGAACCGGGCUGCGGCUGCUGCAUGACCUGCGCGCUGAGUUUCGGCCAGCCGUGCGGCGUGUACACCGGGAGAUGUGGCUUCGGACUCACAUGUCAGCAUCAGCCCGGGGAUACGAAACCUCUGCUGGCUCUGCUGGAGGGACGAGGGAUUUGUGCAAAUGCUACUAAUAAACGACUUAUCGUCAGACCAACACCUCCAGUUAAUGAACUUCCAGCAGAUAAUACUGAGUCUCAGGAUGAGGAGAGGAAUUUCACCGGUUUAAUCCCUCAAACAUUGUACAGCACCCAAAGACCAAUGGGACCACUGAGGCAUCCGCUUCACCCCUUUUUCCCCUCUGCCAAGUCAGAAGUCCUUCGCAGGGAACAGCAGAAGAGAACCCAGAGCUUUAAGAUGGAGGAGCUCCCAGGUUCACUCAUCACAGACCAACUAAACUUCUCACUGGAAACAAAACAGGAGCCUGAGUAUGGACCCUGUCAGAGGGAGAUUGAGAGCAUCCUCAGCAGCCUCAAGAUUACAGACAUCCUCAACCCCAGAGGUUUCCGGAUACCAAACUGUGACAAGAAGGGUUUCUAUAAGAAAAAGCAGUGCCGUCCAUCCAAAGGCAGAAAGCGAGGCUUCUGCUGGUGUGUGGACAAAUACGGGCAGCCUUUGCCAGGUUUUGAUGGGAAGGAGCGAGGAGACGCCCAGUACUACAACUCCGACAGCCAAUAGGAGCGGAGCAGG